UCCGUUCAGUCAGAACUGCGUCGAAAUUUUCAUACAAAUAUCUUACACGCACUUACAGGCUCGUAAGUUAUUUAUAUAUACACCAAUCCGUUUAUACACUGAUUUAUACUUAAUAUAUACAACCGCUCCUAGAAUAAUUUUAUCUAACUUUUCUCCGUUGACCGGAUGUGUUUUUAACAACUCGUAUAUAACGUUUGUGCCACAUUAUGUCCUGCGCGAUGAAAGUGUACAUUGGCAUUUGUGCGGUGUUAGCGUUGAUCGGUAUUGUAUGGUGCAGUCCGGUGCCGGCGGAGCAUUUCCAGUUCAGUCCGCUGGUCGGUAUCUGGCAGACCCGGAAGCUGCCCACUUCGACGACCGGUAGCAGCUACAAGGGACGCCGGAUCAGUUGGAUUCCCAGCAGCGGAUGGGCCGCCGGACCCGGCAAGAAGCGUUCCCUGCAAAAGGUCAUCGAGAUGCCGGUGGGACCGGAAACGCACGAGGAGGAUCUGAUCCAGCUGUGUAAUCUCCUAGAACAUAUGUUCGCCGAGCUGACGGAUGUGUCCGAAGAGGUUAAAGAGCUGAACCAAGUGUGCAGCGAAUUCCGUGGCAAUGCCAGUGCCGAUGCGAAGGAACCGCAGUGAACCCGCAAAACCCUAAACAACCUCCGCGGGAAUGUUUAUCCAUGUUGCGUUCUCUGUUUACCGGCUUCUCGCGCCAAAAAUGACAGUGUAAUGAUGGAAGCUGUGUGCAUAAAAAAUGUAUCUAUCCGUACAGUUGAUAAUACUGUGUAGUAACUGGUUUCCCUGAUUUCUCGCUAAUAUACAUCCAGGUAUGUGGAUGGAAUUUCGUAUAACGACGUGACAAAAAUGUCAUAAACGUCCAUUUUGAUCGAACGACGUGCUUGCACAAUUGUAUGGCAUUAUAAAACUGUACAUAAAUUAAAAAUUCAGCACCUAUCCAAUGAAAAA